AUGAGCACCGGCGUGCUUCAUGCACGAUAUCAGCGAAGCGAUUGUUUUCCAACCUGUAAAAUUCCGGAUAAGCGAGAUUUCAUGGAUCCGAAUCCGGCAAAAAGCAACGAGGAUUUCUAUCGCGAAUACGAUCCAUGGAUCGGCAUCGGAACAGCCAUCAUUCUGGCACUCUUCUUCAUGCUUAUUACACUCAAAUCCUGCAUCAAAUGGCUUCUCCGGCGGAUAACUGUUUGGCGCUAUCGUUAUCAGCACUGUCAGGAUGAGAAACAGCGACCGGCGGCAAAUAAAGACAGUAGCACAGUACCGGUCACUACCAUUAUUCUCCCGAACGCCGAUAAUGGACAUGUCAGUUUGAAGUGA